UGACCCACCAGCACGUUAGGUGAGUGUGCCGGUGUCUGUCUCGUACGCACCUACCCCGCUGCGCUGUUCGGUCAUCGAUCUCGAGCCAGAGCUAUACGCCGGUAGUAGGAGAAGUUCAGCGAAGGAGAGGAGGCCAUGGCGGAGGCGACGCCGGAGACGAGCAGGAAGCUGUACGGGUACGCGCUGUCGUCCAACUCGGUGCGCAUCGCGGCGCUGCUCAACGAGAAGGGCCUCCACUACGACCUCGUCGCCGUCGACCUCGACAACAAGACGCCCCAGUUCCUCGCCAUCAGCCCCUUCGGCCAGAUCCCCGCGUUCCAGGACGGCGACGACGUCCUCUUCGAGUCGCGCGCCAUCAGCCGGCACAUCGCCACCAAGUACAAGCAUCUCGGCCCGGACCUGCUCCCCACGCCGUCGGCAAAGCUAGAGACGUGGCUGGAGGUGGAGUCGCACCACUUCUACCCGGCCGUGGCAGACCUGGUGUACGAGAUCCGCGUGAGGCCCCGUCUGCCGGGCGGCGCGCCGCCGGACCCGGCCGUGGUGGACGGGCUCGCGCGCAAGGUGGCAGACGUGCUCGACGUCUACGAGGCCCACCUCGCCGCCGGGAACAGGUACCUCGCGGGGGACGUCUUCACCCUCGCCGACGUCAACCACAUGGCGCAGCUGCUGGCCGUCAGCAAGACGCCCCGGGCGGCGGAGCUCGUCGCGGCCAGGCCGCACGUGCAGGCGUGGUGGGAGGACAUGUCCGCACGCCCCGCCUGGAAGAAGACCGUGGCGGCGCUAACCAUCUCGCCGCCGUGAGGGGCGCGCCGGUGGUUGUAUGUGGAGUUGCUCCUUAGCUGGGGGAGUUGAAUAACAGUGUGAUGCCACCAACGAACUGUUCAAUGGAAAAUAUGUGUCAAAAACCGUACAUUAUGAGCAAUUGACAUGUUUGAUCUCAUUGUCCACACACAGAUCAGGAUUAUUAUGUUUAUGUGGAAGUGAAGAUCUAAACAUUGACCAAUGAGGAAAUAUUCACUUC